AUGGGAGCCUCCCACUCCGCCCCGACGCCCGACGUGGACGACGUGCAAAGCUUAGAUCAACUCCCGAGCGCGCGCACGGCCACCGGCGAGGACUUCGACUUCAAAUCGACGCGCAAUAAGGUCACCCUAGUCGUCAACGUGGCGAGUGCUUGCGGGCUCACGACGAAAAACUAUGCGGAUUUCGCAUCUCUGCAGGACCGAUUCGGCGACGAUCUAGUCAUCCUGGCGUUCCCGUGCAAUCAGUUCUUGUUCCAGGAGAGCGGGAGCUCGAAGUCGAUCUGCGCGUUCGCGCAAAAGCGUGGCUUCAAGGGCACCGUUUUUGAGAAAUGCAAGGUGAACGGCAAGGCGGCGUCGCACGUGUUUCGUUGGCUGAAGCGCGCGCAGCGCGUGAGGCGCGUGCAGUGGAAUUUCGGGAAGUUUUUAGUGGAUAGAAAAGGACGCGUGCGCGGGUAUUUUUCUCCGCACACGCGGCCCAUGGAGUUCGAGGACGCGAUAAAGGCGCUGUUAGACGAGCCAGUCGACGCGGACGCGAGUUAG